AUGUCGACCCAACCACUUUACCCCGCUUACCUGCCCACCCGGCCCGACGGUUUCCAGCCAACGAUCGAUGUUCCGUACUUUGAGGCCGAAGAGCCCGGGACGCGUGCGAAGGCCUCCAAGACAUCCGUCUUUCGGGACGGUGCUCGAGUGGAGAACAUCACGCCCCGUGUCGGGUCCGAGGUGAGGGGCAUCCAGCUCAGCCAGCUGUCCAAGGCUGGUUUGGACGAGGUCGCGCUUUUGGCGGCCGAGAGGGGCGUGCUUGUGUUUAGAGACCAGGACUUUGCCGACGUCGGCUUCGACAAACAAAAGGAGAUUGUCCGGCACUACGGACCUCUUCACCAGCAUCCGACCAUGGGCUAUCCUGAAGGCACUAGCCCAGAGUUCCAUGUCGUCUACGCCGACGAGAAAGCAGGCAACCUCCGAACUCUCCUCGGACCCCAUACGUCCUACGACCUCUGGCACGUGGAUCAGACCUUCACCCCAAACGUCCCCUCCACAACCUUCUUCUGGGUCCUUGAGCAGCCCGCCUCCGGCGGCGGCGACACAGCCUUUACCUCCCUCACAGCCGCCUACGCCGCCCUCUCCCCAGCCUUCCGCAGGACCCUCCACGGCCUGCGCCUGUUCCACACCUCCGCCUCUGUAGGCGAAGUCGCUCGCGUUGGUACCGAGCGCGCAUUGAAGGAAGCCGUCUCGACGACGCAUCCGCUCGUCAUCAAGCACCCCGUUACAGGAGCACCGAGUCUAUUCGUGAACCCGACCAUCGCCCGGCGCGUGGAGGGGUUUUUGCCCGAAGAGUCGGAUGCGUUGCUAGGCUUCUUGCAUAAUCACAUUAAAAGUCUCGAUUUCAGUUGUCGCGUGAGGUGGGAGAAAGGAACGGUUGUGGUUUGGGACCAGAGGAGUACGGCGCAUAGCGCGGUGCCGGAUUUCAGAGAUGGGGAGAGGAGGCACAUGGUGAGGAUCAUUCCCUACGGUAGCCGGCCCGAACCCGCGUUUCCAGAGGAGCAUAAGCGAGCUCAGGGUGAUGAGGCAUAG